GGCCAGUGGUGGCCGCAGGCCCUGGCCCCCAGCUGGUUCAAAGGGCAGCCUGGGGCCCGCCGUGUGCCCAGGGGGACGUGGGGACCCCGGGGGGACAACAGGAAGAGAGGGGGCAGACGGAUGCCUCAGCGAAGGCCAAAAAUAGCCCGCCCGGUGGCAUUCCCGGCUCCUUCCUUCCCUGCGCACCCCUGACGUGGGAUCGGGGCGCCUCCUCCCGCGUUUCCUCAGGAAGAAACCCAAGGCUGGCGGGAGGAAGAGGCCGAGCCGCGGGAGAGGGACGGGACGGGACGGACGGGCAGAAGGACAGCCACAGCCUCGGCGCUCGUGCCCCGGCACGAUGGCGAGCGCCCGGCCGCUGCUGUGCCUGCAGCUGUGGCUGUGGGUGCAGGGCUCUGCCCAGGAGCUCGACCCCGACGGCAGGAAUGUCUGCAAGGUGGACAGCCCCCCCGCGAGCCUGGUGUGCUGCCCCGGCUGGAAGCAGGAAGGGCGGGAGUGCACGGCCGCGCUGUGUGAAGGGGAGGACACCUGUGGGCCGGACGAGGUGUGCGUGAAACCCGGGCUUUGCCGCUGCAAACCCGGCUUCUUCGGCGCAGACUGCAGCUCCCGCUGCCCCGCGCAGUACUGGGGCCCCGACUGCAAGCAGCGGUGCCCGUGCCACCCCGGCGGGACGUGCGAGGCGGCGAGCGGGCGCUGCACCUGCGACCCCGAUCGCUGGGGCGAGCUGUGCCAAUUCCCCUGCCAGUGCGGGCCCCAUGGCCGCUGCGAUCCCCUGACCGGCGCCUGCCGCUGCGAGCCGGGCUGGUGGUCCCCCAGCUGCAAGAAGCAGUGCCAGUGCAACGCCGCCAGCUCGCACUGCGACCCCCUCACCGGGCACUGCCGCUGCCUGCCGGGCUGGUGGGGCAGGAGGUGCAGCUUCAAGUGCUCCUGCAACCUCUCGCCCUGCGCCCAGGAGACGGGCAAGUGCGAGUGCAAGGCUGGGUUUUGGGGGCCGGCGUGCCAGCGGCGCUGCGACUGCUUGCACGGCUCCUGCAACCCCCUCACCGGGCACUGCAGCUGCAUCCCCGGGUACCAGGGAAGGAGCUGCCGGGAGCCCUGCCCGGCGGGGAAAUACGGGUCUCAGUGUGUGCACAGCUGCGGGAGCUGCAAGCGCAGCCAGCCCUGCUCGCCCGUGGACGGCUUCUGCCUGGCGUGCCAGCCCGGCUGGAACGGGACCCUGUGCAAGGAGCGUUGCGCCGCUGGCUUCCACGGCGAGGGCUGUCUCCAGCCGUGCCCCCGCUGCCGACACGGGGACGCCUGUGAUGCGGAGACCGGAUCGUGUCUGCACUGCGAGCCCGGCUGGAUGGGACCCAGCUGCAACAGCUCCUGCCCCACGGGCACCUUCGGGGACGGAUGCCGGCUCCUCUGCCCCGAGUGUGUUUGGGGGAGCUGCGACCCCGUGUCGGGUGCCUGCCUCUGCCAGGCUGGCUACUGGGGACCCAGCUGCAACGACACCUGCCCGGAGGGGUAUUUUGGCGUGAACUGUUCCUCCCUGUGCCAGUGCUCCCGAGGGCCCUGCCACCCUGUGCGGGGCGACUGCAUGCUGAGUCUGGACCGCGGGGCCCUGGCCGCUGCCAUCCUCGUCCCUCUCCUCCUGCUGCUGCUCUGCGUUGUCUGCUGCUGCUGCAGCGCCAGCCCCGCAGACGCUAGAGACAGGGCGGCCGUGCCGGACGACGACGUGGUGGCCAGGAUGAAGCACCACGUGCAGGGGGUGCUGGCGAACCUCAGCGCUAUGAUGCCCUGCUUUUCCCUGGGCGGCUACAAACUUCCCAAAGUCACAGUUUCCCACCACGAUGCAGAAAUCCCCUUCAACCCCAGCUUCAUCGAGUCGCCCUCGGCCGCCUGGGUUUCGGACAGCUCCUUCUCCUCCUUCGACACUGACAACGAGGGACCCGAGUACUCUGUCCCUCCCAGAGAAGGUGUCCCGCUGCUGGAGGGCACCGAACUGCAGGAUGGGGCCUCCUCCCCAGGCGAGGCGCUCCCAGACCCGGCCGCCUUCAGCUCCGAGGACGUCUCACAGCCCUUCGCCAUCCCCCGCACCUCCAGCAUCGCCAAGGCCAAGCGGCCUUCCGUCUCCUUUGCCGAGGGGACGAAAUUCGGUGCGGCGGAGACCCCCAGCCCUGGGCGGAAGCCUAAGACCCCGUGGGGGAUGGCCAAGCUGUCCCCCACAUCAGGGGACACAGGGGACGAGUCCCCUACUGAGCAGCCGGCCAGCGAUGGCUAUGAGAGCCCCGAUCCCCUCGCCAAGGGGGACGAAAGCCACCGGCCAUCACCCCGGGCCACCCCGGGGGGCCGCCGGCGGGUGGUCUCCGGCACCAGGCAUGUGGCCCAGAGGGUGGAAGCCCUGGAAGCAGCCGCCAAAAGUGGCAGCUGGGACGCGAAGGGGAAGGAGCCCAACGUCACCACCAUCUAUAUGAUGGUGGGAACGGCCGGGCAGGACCCCAAAGCCGAGGGUGGUGGCGAGGGACCGGUCCAGGCUGUGCUGAAGCGGCUGGGGAGCCUGCAGAAAGGCAAGUGGGCCUCCAAGGAGGAUCCCAAGGUGCGGAGGAGCGUCGAGGCCAUCCAAAAACCACCCCGCCGGGCCCUGGCGCAGCGCGGGGACUCGGCGAACAGCUGCAAGCAGAGGGAGAGCGUCCCGGGGGCUGCAGGUGAGCAGCGCCCCGGCAAACAGCAGCACCUCCCCGGGAAGAGACAGUCCUUCCCGCUGGCAUUGGCCCUGCUGAAAGGCACCGGGGCUCAGGAUGGGGCUGGCGAUGCCACGGAGAGGGGCAAAAGCCUGGAGGUGGCUCUGAGCCUGGAAACGAAGGGCCAGGCUGCCCCUGAGGAAGAGCCCAAAUACGAGACCGUGAGCGGCAGUGAGGAUGCGCCGGCCGCCCCUGCGGCCACCUGAGCCCCUGGCUCCGUCCCGCCCUGUGGCUGGGGGCAGCGGGGACCUGCGGGACCCCGCUAGGUCGGUCCCAGCCUGUGGGAGCCAAGGUCCCCCCGAGUGGGGGGCUGGACACGUGGAGCCUUCCCGUUAUCCCCCUUCCCUUCCCACCACCCAGGACCCCGACUGUGAGAUGGGUGAUACUGAGAGCCGCAGCCCCAGCGGCUCAUGGUGCUUCGGGGCUGUUUUCCGCCCCCUGCAUCCCACGGGCCCCAUUUUGUGGUUGCUGGGGGGAGUGGGAUGCAGUGGUGGCACCUUCUGGCUCUCCCUUCAGAGACCUCAGGUGCUGCCACUCGGUGUCUCUCGCUGUAAAGGUGCUUCUCACUGGAGGGGAUUAUUUUACAGAGCUCUGCUGGGCGAGACGAUGGGCUGCCACGAGCGGCUUCUGCAAAAAUUAAUUUUAGCUGCUUAUCUUGAAGGAUAUCUGGGUCUGCGGGGGGUUAUCUGUGCAGCUCUGGCUUUCACGGCUCUGGCUGCGUGGGUUUCCGUGUUAGAGGCACGGCACCGGCUUGGUGCGCGGCCCUGAAGCACCAUAAGACGCCACACUGCGCUCAUCCACGAGCAAAGCAGGGCCAUGAGCAUCACCUUGUGCACCAGUAGCUGCGCUGGCCCCAAUAAGGACAGAAACCCAGUGGAAAAUGGCAUUUCUGAGGGAGCCCUGUGUCUGUCAGUGGGCACAACGGCUGCUCAAGGAGCCGGAGGAUUCGCAGCAUGAGCUGGAUUUAGAUGCAUCUAGGUGGUAGCACUUCUGUGUGUAUUUCUCUUAUUUUGAGGGGCAUGAAAGCCUCUGACUGGAAAUUAAAUGUUACCAAAGGAACGUGGUUGCCCAGCUGCUCUCCAGAUUGAAGAUAUGGCCAGAAAUGUUCUCUGAAGUACGGGAAUGCCUCUACCUUUAGGCUUUUAUUUUAUAUUUUAAUUUUCUAAGUGAUGGAGAGAGCAGGGCCGAGGGGGUGUGGGGUGGGCUGGGAGCGCACAAGUCUCAGGUUGAGUUUCUGCAUGCGGACCCUGCUCUAGCACUGCCCAUUUUGGGUUCGGGGCGUUUUGCUUUUUCUCCUUUUGCUUUUCACGGGAGCAUCUCCCCAGUGUGAGCCACCCGCUCCCCACGAUCACACACGGAGGUUUCCAGCUUGCAGCCCUCCUCCGCUGCAGGGUCUCUGGUCUGUACCACCACAAGUUGUGGAAGGCGAACAUGUCCAUCCUGGCGGCCAAGGGAGGAGCAGACACCUCGCCGGGCUGUGUCCUGCUUUUCCAACCUGUCCCCAGAUGGGGACCACCGACGGAGCCCACCGCAGACCCCCGGUGAGGCCAGGUGGAAGCUGUCGCCUCCCUUCCAGCCUCCCCUGUCCUUGGCUGGUUUGUGUAAACGCCUCUCUGUGCCAGUGCUGUGCUUCGCUGUCAAUUUAGCUUUUAUUUUUUUCUCUCCAUGAUGUUUACUCAUUCCUCGGGUGUCUUUACAGAGGGCAGCAGAUCUCCUGAGAGCUUCUUUUUGCCUCCUAGCGUAGACAAGCAGAGCCCCGCGGCACUCUCAGCUUCACCUAGGCUCUCGAGGCCUCCGCAGGCCUCGUGCCCUCACGGCCUUCCCUUACGGCCACCACAGGCACCGCACCGGCCCCGGCUGUUUUGUUUUCCUUGGGAUUUUUUCUCUCUGUUUGCUUUGGCCGAACCCCCUGCCCUGCUGCUGCAAUGUUCCACCCGAGGCCGAAGGCUUUCUUCUCCCACCCAUCGCAGCGGUGUGUGUCCGUCUCUCCGGACCCUCCAUGUCUCCACCCUCAGCCUCCAUCUGUUGGGACCUGCAGCCUCUACGAGUCCCCCAGAGCCCUCUCCCUGCCCCAAGCGCUGCUGUGGGCUCGCUCGGCCACCAAAAUGGCCCCACGGUGGCCAAACCCCUGGGUGGCUGUGGUGCAGGAGCGAGCUGACGGGUGAUGGCUUGGCGUUGGGACCUGGCCCAGCACGGCUCUGAAAAUUCAUCUAACGGGUCACGAGGCAGGGCCGGGCCCGACCGGGACUCGACGCCGUGCUCCUCAUCCUCGUGCCACUUCUAUCACCGCCACCCGGCUCCAUGGUCCCGUGGGCACCGGGGGCUGCAGGGCUCCAAGCCCCCCGGUGCUCAGGAGGGGAGCGUGCGGCAGGGCCGCAUCCUGCACCUGUCACCCAUCUCAGUUCUUUA